UGAGUAUCUUCAUACCUUUCUUUGCUAGGUGCUAAGCUCUUCCGCUUAUGCUAUGUUGUCGCUGUUCCCGUUACCAAAGCUUAUGACAACCAUACCAUCUAGCAGCCUAGCAGAUCAUCUAGUUGCUGCACAACGCCACAACCUUCCAACUUUGCUUGUAACAAUCACAGUACACUUUGUGUACUUAAACAACUUUCUAAACCUACAACUUCUCUAUAUAAAUACUUCGCAUUUUGUCAGUUAAUCAAUGGUUUCCCGACUACUUUUAUGUAAACUAAUCUACGUAUAUUAAGUGCUUCUCUUAUUUUCAUUGUAUAAUAUGUCUUUGCUACUUACUCUCUCCGUUUGUUUCUAUUAGUAUAUUUGGAGUUUUUCACAAUUAUUAAAGAGAAAUGAAUUGGAUAGUAGUACUUGUAAUUGAUUUUACUUCAAAGAAGAAAAAAAACAUGCAUUUAUUGGUAGAGGAUGCAUGUGAAUCAACACAAUAAUUGGUACAUAUUGUACUUAUAUACGAAGUACUUUAUUAGCUACACAAACUAAAUUACGGGACCAUACGUACAUCGGUACAUGUAUUAGUUCAUUAGUUGUAUACUUUCUCCAUUUAACUAUAAUUACAACUGUUAAAAAUUUCAGGUUAAUGAGAAUGGGGGAUAGUUCAAGUAGUUAGAGCUCUCUCCCAAUUUCAAGAGAUCUUGAGAUCAAUACCCAGAAAAACCUAACUCCAGUAAUUUAGUCACUCUGACUUCCAUUUUUACACCUUAAUUAUUCUCUUCUCUUCAAUCUCUCUCUUCGUACUGGUAACAAGAAAGGAGCUUGCAUUUAUUUUCAUUCAGAUCCUGGAUCAUUGGGGGCUGAAUGCUUUCUCUUGUUGUGCAACAUUUAGAGUUUGGAGUAUAUAAUUUAAAUUGAGAGAUAUGGAUGAUGAGGGAAAAACCUGUAUUGAUCGAAUAUCCGAAUUACCUGACUUCAUUCUUCACCAUGUGUUGUCUUAUCUUUCAACAAAACAAGCUGCUCAAUUGAGUGUUGUAUCCAAGAGAUGGCCAUAUGUUUGGGAAACAUUCCCCAUUCUUGAUUUUCAUGAACGGUACUUUGGAAAAGAUUUGUGUGUAAUUAAUCCGAAGCAGAAUUGGAUUCCUAAAGAUGGGCGUCGUAAGAUAUUUGAUCAAAGAGUCAAGUUCAUGAACUAUAUUGAUAAGAAAUUGCAUCGAUUUCGUGAGAAGAAUCUUCGUGUGAACAAGUUUUUUCUUAGUAUGACUCUUGUGAGUAACAAGUUGGCUCCUCGUGUUGAUACAUGGAUGGAAUUGCUUGCUGAUAUGCGCAUUCAGGAGUUAAAUGUGAUUAUUCAUGCAGGACAUGAAAGACGACAUGAUUUGUCUAAGAUUUUAUUUACAAUGGAGUCAUUAACCCUUUUAAUUUUACAAAGUUGUGUUCUGUUAAAUAGCCGCCUUGAUAGGAAUGCUGUUAAGCUAUCCUCUUUAGUUGAGAUGCAUCUUAUUCGUGUCUCUAUAGAUGAGGAUACAAUUCAAGAUCUCAUUUUCUGUUGUCAUUCAAUGAAAGUAUUCUUUUUGAUGAACUGUGUGGGUUUUGAGAAUCUUGAAAUAUGUGAUCAUGAUAAGCUCGAGAAGAUGGUCUUUUAUUCUCAAAGUGGAUUCAAAGAUAUAAGCAUAAAGGUGCCAACAUUAAAAGAACUCAUUAUUCAUACUGGGGGCGAGGAAACGAUGGUACAUGAAAUCAUUGUCAGUUCUGCUUGCCAAAAUCUGAAACAUUUGUCUUUGUCGGGAAUUCCUAUAGAUCCAAAAUGGCUACAGAGUGUGCUUACAUCCUUUCCGCUGCUUGAGCAUCUAGUCUUGCAAAAUUGCGUAUUGCAAGAAUUUAUGAAACUCGCAAGUCAAGUUCUGAAGGAGAUGCAUUUGUUAAAUUGUACGAAAUUGAUGGAAGCAGACUUUGAUACACCUAAUUUACAUACAUUUGAAUAUUGUGGGAAGACCAUGCCCCGCUUAUAUUCAAAUAGUGUUUCUGAUCAUCGGACAGCAGAGCUAGAGGUCCGUCUUGAAGAUAUGAACCGUUUAUGGUUCAUGAGGUUGAAAGACUUUCUCAAAGAUAACAAAUUUCAAGACCUGACUUUCUCUCUGACUUCUAUAUCAGGUGAGGCGAUCUCCUUCAAUGCUGAGGACUAUAUGGGAAUCCAAUUUGCUCCUAUUGAACUCAAUAAUAUGAAGUUGGUUCACUUGGUUUCGUAUUCGUUGAAAUCAAUAAACUUUGCGGCUCUUUUAGAUGGCUUAUUUUGGAACCUGCGUCCCAGGAUUUUGUCUAUACAGCUUGAAUCUUAUUCUUCUAAAAAAUUUAUCAAGGGACUACUAAAAAGUUUGGUGGCUGAUGAUGAACGAAAAUGUUGCUGCUCUGAGAAUCUUGAAUGUUGGCGUCACUCAUUGAAGGAUAUAAAGCUGAUUAAUAAUGUGAAAGGUUUGAAGAGUAAUACUGUAUUUAACGCGAUGACCCUGAACAACUUUACUAAUUUUGUGGAUGAUUGGAAGAUUGAAGCCAAGAGAAUAGCUAGAUCUACUAUAUUUGUCAAAGAUGAAACUUUAUCUUUUCAAUUGACAUGGUAAUAAGACUGUUUGUAAGCAGUUGAUGCAAUCUUUGGAUGCUAACGUUGUGGAAGAAAAGGCAAUUGUGCUUGGAGUUCUGAUGGCUCUGAAAUGCAAUUCUCACUACGGAGUAUAAUUGUUUAUAUUUAAAAUCCACUAUUUGCAGGUUGUUUAGUACUUCGUAUGAAACUAAAUUUAGGUGUAAUAGUGAGGGAAGAUAUUUGCUAAAUGUUAAGAGUGAGGUGAAUAUGUUCAUAUUUCAGAGAAGAUAACUGAGGUUGGUCAUGCUGCAGCACACCUUGAUUGCUCUACUAGAGCGUGAGUUGGGAAUGUCCGUUGGUUGCGAAGGAUGUAUUUGCUUCGGGUUGUUGUCUAUCUAUGUAUGUAAAUAAAAGUUAUUACUCAGUGUAGUCUGUAGUCUGUGUAUUAUACAAUGAUGAAAAAAGCAUCCUGUGUUAUUACUUUCAGAUAUGUUAUGUCAUCACUGCUUCCAU